AUGCAUCAGCACCGCAGAACCUCGUCGGCGGUGCCAUCGUCCGGCCACCCGCGCCAGCCACAAAACAGACCUCCCAGUCAAGAUGCUGAGCGGUUUGGUCCCAACAUAUCAAGAGGCCUGGCCGCUGAGAGACAUAUGGAAGCCUCUGAGUCCGAUCAAAACAUCGAAUCUGGUGAGAAGCCGCCUCAGCAAAAGCUAAAUCAGAUGAUUCAGAACUUCCACACCAAGGCCGCUCUAAUCAUCUUGCAUUCAAGAAUAGAGCUCCGACCUUGGAUUGUCAAUGGUGUUGUACGCACAAAUAGAUGGUUCAAUGUUGGGCUGGACGAAGCGGAUGAGCUGAGACCUGCCCUCAUUCCCUGGAAAACAAGCAACUGUACCACGAACCGACCUCCUCCGAUGAUCAUCGAAAUCUACCUAGACCUCACGCAGCUGACAAAUAAUCAGAGUUUGGUGAUUCUGGAUGACAAGGGCAAACGUUGGGAUGUGGUUGAAGCCCUUGCCGCUAGCGGCUGUCUCGAUAACUCAGAGGCUUUCAAGCAAGGCCUGAUUCUAGAAAGAUGGCGUAUCGAACUCGGCCCUGGCCCUGAUGACUUCCCUACAGAUCUAGGGCUUCCAGCUGUCUACAAGAAAAGUAUCGUAGUGUUCAGGUCACUAUAUACUUACUCCAAAAUGCUUCCCGCCUGGAAAUUCUUCAAGCGCCAUGCGAAGGUCCGGCCAGUUCCCGCAUUGCUCCUGAAAUAUCGGAUCAUCCAGGGUACCGAAGAACAGACCAGGACGUCAAAGGACCCCUUGAGAGUUCCUCUGGUUCCAGAAACGGAUAAGGUUGUCGAGUCGUAUUCAUUUGGCAUGACAGAAUCUCCAGCUGGGACGUUCUCUGCCCAGGUAACAUACCGAUCAAAUUGUGACUUUCGAGUUGACGAUUCAGAAGCAUUAUUGAGUUCAAGAUUUAUGGGUGUGGAUGAAGGUGUUUUCAAGCCUUCGCUACCGUCUGAUGACCCCUAUACUACUCACGGGAAGGGGCCGGGCUCUUUGCCAGUUCGCAGGCAGAUGCCUGGUGCCUCUGAUCUUGGCCAAAUGUAUGGAAGCAUGUCAACAUUCCAUCACCCUGGUCUAACUAGAGCAGCAAGCCCUAUAACGGCUGUUCGAACAGCGACAGAGCGGGCAGCUGGAUCUCCUAGGUCACCCAGCUCUCCUACCUUUUCUAAUUCCCCUAGAUUGACACAAGCUAGGGUUGCCGCUCUUUCCAGUGAGGGAAAUCCCCAGGUUCCUCGGAGACCAUCAAUAUCAGUCCAGCCAUUCAAGGCUCCACCUCUUUCUGCUUCACCCGCCCUUACCGAUAACCACAUUGGGUUACAUGGAAAGGCCCCGGGGACGCGUGAAGCGCCAAUAAAUAUCCCUACUACCACUAAUAACAUGCAGCGGCCAGGUACACCGUCCAGAAGAUCGACAAAUGCGUCUGAAACUGCGAUGGGAUCUUCCACAUCUGGGUCACCAAAACCUGCCUCGAUAUCAAGGUUUAGCAGCUCAUUUAGCCACCGAAGGGGUAGGCCGUCGUUCGGAGGUACCAGCAGACCCAAUGAAGAUCAUUCCAGUGAUAGAGUGAGCAUUAGUACUUCCCCAGCUUACCCAGCAAUGGCAACUUUUGCAGAUACUGGUGCUACAAGCUCAGAGUCUGUGCAGGCAGAUGAGGAUAACAUUUCAGACUUCCUAAAAAUGCUCGACCUAAACAAGGGCCUCUUAUCUAAGAGAGAAGCCGGAUCGUCCGAGUCGAACUCAAAACGGACAUCUACAGUACUAUCCAGAUUUCGCAAGAUGAAAGAGUCUAAUACCAUGCUAUCGGAAUCAAUGUCAUCCUCUCUGAUUCUUCAGCAGACUGCGCCUCUUAAACAGCCCAGCGUCUCUAUGCCGACGUCCGGCGCUGCAAUUUCUGUGUCAUCGUCCCCAGGCAAAGCAAUAUCUCCACACACGCCGCACACACCCGCCGUUCCGUCUCGCCUAAGUGCCAACAGUGUUGUCGACUAUUCUCGUCACGACCGCCCUUCGCGUCAAUCUAGCAAAACGGCUUCCGAAAGGACCAUGGUUGCACAAACUGGAUCUCAAAGAGCUGAAUCCUCCGCCAAUGCUAUUGAUAUUCCUCAAUCCCCUCGCCCUUUUCCUCCUACUUUUCGCCGACCCAGUUCUGCUGCUCCACGGCGGUCGAGUAGUGCUACUGAAGAAGACCCUGCUGAUUACUCACCAUUCGGUAUGCGCAGCCUCAGCCUAGGCGCUGAAGAACGGUCUUUAAUGAGCUUGAGUGAGCUUGUUCAAGGCGCAACAAGCGGCGAACCAGAGCCAAGUUCAAUACCCCAGAAUCAUUCCGCAAAUGUUACGAAUCGAUCUACCGCCAAAGAGACCCUCAAAGUCGAAAAUAUUUCGGGCAUUUCACGUCCAUACCAACCCCGCUUUGCUCAUGCUCGAAAUCGUGGGUCCUUUGGCCACUUGCAAUCCCAAAAUUCAGCUGCUAGCAGCCUAGGACGUGGCAGUGUGGCAUCAAAUACUACAGAUGCCGAGCGAGAAGGGUGCUCUGGUAGCGUCAGCAACAGUGGCACCUCCAUUGCCCCAGACACGCGACGCAGUCUUACACACAGAUUUAGCAUGAACCGGGGCACGUGCAUUCCUCCUCACUUUGACGAAGAUGAGCCCUUGUUGUUUGCCAUGAGUGAUUUUGGCGUUUCUCGUCGAAGUCUGGAAGAGGGCAAAAAGGGUGGGCCGGGUGCGAAUCCAUAG